UUCGCGCGCAUCAUAUGGUGCGCCACGUGAUUUAACGGCGCCUGCGCGUACCGGCUAAAAGCGCAUGCGUCCAUUUUUAAUGUUGCGCUUGCGUAAACUUGAGUAUAAAUAAUUUAUGCAAGUCGUUGGUUGUGCAGCACAUGCAUGCAGACACGUACGGACCCGAUGACAUGCUACAGAUACAUAAUACGUGUAUGUAUUGGUACGUUUAAUGCGGGUCAGUUUAUCCAGCUUUUUAUUGGGGUUCUGCCCAAGUGUAAGUAACAUCACGUGUCGAUGUGAAUACUACAAGGAUAAUAUAAUACUGUUCUAGACUAGGGUUGCGAUUGACAGUACACCAUUGGGCUAGAUAUAUUUCAUCUAAGUAUUUUACUAUUAUUAUUAUCAUCCUUGCCCAGAAGAAAUUGCAGACCCUCGGCUGUUUAUAUAUUUAGUUUUCAAGGGCUAAGUUGACAAUUCGAGUGAACGCCUAAAUAUGAUUAUCUAUUGUAUUGAGGGAUUAUUGAUGAAUCGGAGAGUUUGUGUGGGUAAUAUCGUGCAAAGUGUAAGAACGAUAUUUGUCAACCACUCAAAAGUUAGUCAUGAUAUUCGAUCGUAUUCUUCUAUUGCUGACUUCAAACAUAAAUUCAGUUUUAACAAUAAUUAUUUUCAUUUAAAAUUUUUAUCCAAUCACUUUAUUGAUCGUGGGUACUCAAACAAAAAACGAAAUAUUAGUAAUAUUAGCUUCAAGAGUCACGGCAGUAAUAUUUUGGGUAUACCGUUAAAAAAAAGACCUGUUAGAAAGCGGAAAUUGAUAUUUGAUGAUGGAGUGAUUCCUCCGACGGGCUUUUGGAAUAUCAAAGCUCUGGCGACGGCGGAAGAGUAUGAUUUAGAAGGGCUUAUGAAAGAACUUGUAAUCCAAGAUUUAUAUACUCCUAAAAAAAUAAGUGCUUCUGCUAAAUCGCCAGCCAAUGUAAUUCAUGCAGUACCAAAAUACCAAGUGGAAAAUGAGCCGCGUGAAAUGUUUUUUUUCCGAGAAGGUACUAUUGUCAUGUGGAACACGACAGAUCUUGAGUGCAACAAUAUAUUGGAAAUGUUAAAAAAUUAUGAAGAAAACAGCUACUUGACAGAAUUACUCCAAGCAGAAAGUGAGAUAAUGUAUUAUACCCAUGCCGAGUCCGGAAAGCGUAGCCACCUUAAAGACGGUGAUAUUUACUUAGCUUCUGAGAGCACUAAUUUAGACAAAUAUACAUUUUCGAAUGCCAUAUCCCAAUCAGUUAAACUUGGCAUUUGGGAGUCGUCUUUGGACCACUAUAUCGAAUCGAUUGAAUUCGUAACGGAAGAUUUGAAGGCUGGAAGAAAAAUAAAAAUGACACGGGAACAAGUUCUUAGGAAACAAGGAGAACUUUUCGCCCUGAGGCACCACAUCAAUUUGAGUUCCGACUUGCUCGAUACUCCGGACUUUUAUUGGGAAAGAGAUGAGUUAGAAAAUCUUUAUCAACAAACAUGUGGCUACUUCGCUAUUUCUAAAAGAACUAGGGUGAUGAAUGAAAAAAUAAAUCACUGCGUGGAAUUGGUUGAAUUAUUAUCCUCACACUUGAGUGAUCGUCACCAUAUAAGACUCGAGUGGAUGAUAAUUGUUCUAAUUAUGGUAGAAGUAGCAUUUGAAUUGUUGCAUUAUUUGGAUCGAUACCUUGAAAAAGAAGAGCUCGAAGAAUCGCCCGCUCAACGUUCGACUGCUGAAUAAUACUAUUAACUUGUUUUUAUUGUAUAAUAAAAUUGUCUGGUUACAAUGAUUCGUUAAUUAGAUUCUUGUUCGCUGUUCUUCGUACUUUGAUGUGAAUUUACUUAUGAUGAGUAAAAAUUAUAAAACUACAAAAGUAUAUUACGUGUUUCGAAAGAUAUUCAAUAAAUCCAAUUAUCAUCCUGUCUUCAACCACCGUUUGUUCGGUUUUUUCGUAAUUCAAAACUUUAAUUUCUGGUAAAACUUUUUAAAGUUCAUAAAUAAGUUCAUGUCAGUUGUGGUUUAAGCGAGAUAAAAAUAUUUUUUUUUUAUCAAUCUAAUUACUGUACUAUCUUUUUUUCUAUGGAAAACUUUUAUAUUUUAAUUUACUUAUCUUCUUUUUAUUACAAUAUUUUUUUUUUGUGCCAAGUACAAAAGAUUAUUUAAGAUUACAGAAAAGAUGUCACAAAAGCUUGUAAAAAGAUAAUUGUAUUGCCAUAUUUUC